UUAGUCUUCACAGGUUAUGUUGAAGUGUAGAAAUUUACUUUUGUUGUUUGUUUUUAUGUUUACGUUUCUUUUGUGGUGCAUGAUAUAUGAACAGAUUCCAUACUUGGUCCCUGACGACUUUAUAAUCUUCGACUGUACAAUGUCGGUAGUAACCCUACAAUUUGGACAAUGUGGCAAUCAAACUGGCCAUCGUCUCUUUUCGCUUCUGUCACAAGAUCUUAUGAUGCCAGAUUGUUACUAUUCUGAUGAGGGUACAGAAAGAUGGUUUCGGAGUAAACCUGAUGAACAUAAGUAUGUAGCUAGAGCUGUAUUAGUAGAUACAGAACAAAAAGUAAUUGCUGAAGUAAACAAGAAGCAGUGGGCUGCUGAUUCUAUAUGGAAGUAUGAUGAGAAAAAUUUUGUAUCACACAAUGGUGGUGGUGCUGGGAACAAUUGGGCUUAUGGUCAUGGGACGAAAGGGCCAGAAUUGGAAGAGACGAUUAUGGAGUGUGUGCGGAAGGAAGUAGAGAGGUGUGAUAGGUUACUUGCUACAUUGAGCCUUCUUAGCUCUGCUGGUGGAACAGGUUCUGGAGUGGGAUGUUACAUCAUGGAAACUCUUCGAGAUGAGUACCCAACUAAAUGUUUUCUGAAUGCCGUUGUUCUUCCUUACAGUUCAGGCGAAGUAGUCAUUCAGAAUUAUAAUACUGUUCUUACAAUAGCAAAUUUGUUUGACAUCUCUGAUAUGUUACUUAUUUUUCAAAAUGAUCUUCUCCACAAAAUGAGUGUAAACUUACUUAAAAAUAAAAACACAGAUUUUCACGAUUUAAAUGAUUUAAUUGCAGUUAAGAUUGGAUCAGUAUUGCAACCACUAGAAAGAUCAGAGUCAAGCAAAAUUUACGACAUUGUUUCCCAUCUGACUCCACAUCCUCAGUAUAAAUUUGUCACCAUUAAGUCAGCUCCACACUAUCCUAAGGCAACUUGCAUGUACGAAGCUAAUGUUGACUGGAAUGUAUUGGUAAGGCAUAUGAAGCAGACACUUCGUGUGAGUUACUUUGAAAAUGAACCUGUAGUUGACUGGGAGAUGAAAUUACCACGACUGACUCAUAAUUCCCAGCACUCUUUAGUGCAGUACAGUCCUUGUGUUAGUAACUUGCUUGUGACACGGGGAUUGUGUGUGUCUGAUGUGAAAGAUUCUGUUAUGCUACCAUUUUAUGAUAAUGAUCUAUACCCACAAUGGAUACCCAAAGAUUCAAGAUGUCUUCACUUACACCAGAACAGAAGAUUCAUGAAUAUGGAGAAAUUUAUUUCCUUAGCCACAAAUAAUACUUUGAUUCAUUAUUCAUUUAAUAACAUUGUUGAUAAGGCUUGGAAGUCAUAUAUUCAUAAGGCUCACUUGCAUCAGUAUAGCAAGUUCAAAAUUAAAGACGAAGAAUUUUUAGAAUCGUUUGCAAAAAUGGAAAGUGUAAUUAAAUCAUAUAAGGAGUUAAAGUAGUACUGUUUGACACUGCUACCACAGACAAAAAUACAUAUAUUUACAGUUGAAAUAUUGGGAAUCAGUUACUUUAAUUUUACCAAAAGAAGAACAAAUUAUUAGAGCAAAAAGUGCUAUUUAGUGUUCAGUGAUCUGUGUCAUGAAUUUGAAGAAAUUUAAUUCCAGGCACUUUCUAAGUUGGAUUAAUAAAAAGCAUGUAAGCAAGCUCCAUCCGUUUCCUGGUAGACAAGUCAGUACGGUAUGGGGCUAGUGUUGAUACAAGAAAUACAUUUCCAAGUUCAAGCCCUGAUGUCAUUGUAUGUUAAUUUUUUAAAUGCAUUUGCAGGAUUUGUACAAAUACUCAAACUUUGCAGUUCAAUUAGUGACAUAGAAAAUUUUAAGUGCCUGAUUGUCAUUGCAGAGUAUACAGUGCAUUUUAUUUGAAAAUAAUGUUUUCACACUUCCUUUAUUUUGGUGAUUCCAAGCCACAUUUUUAGUGUUAUUAAAACAUGUUGCCUUGGAUUUUUCAA